AUGUAUGUGAAAUGGUUUGAAACAGCAAUGUUUUACUAUGUGAUUUUAGUGAUUUUAGUGAAUAUCACUUUUUGUCAUUUUCAAAUUUCCCGCCUUUCCGUCCCCCGUACAUCCCGACGCUCGCAGGGAACAGAACCCAGAUGGCAGAUGCCGGCAUCCGCCGGAUUACAUUGCCGGGGAUGCUGCAGGAGGGACAUAGCGGGACAAGGUAAGUGAUUGAGGGAUCCCGGAGCAACGCUACAGUGUAUUCCCGAGUGUAGCUCGGGGGGGGUUACCGCUUGUGCUACACUCGGUAAUACCGCCAGGGAGGUUAC